GAUUUUCAGCCCACGUAGCUCCUCCCUCUUCGCUAAAGAAAGACGACACCGCUUCGUAGUCGUCUCUCUCUCUCUCUCUACGAAAACCCUAAAAUCUCCAUCGCUGGACCUUCUUGUUGCAUCAAUUUCCGCGCUCCUUAGGAUACAUCUACCUGGUUAGGCAGCUUGAAGUCCAGGUAUCGAACAUGGGGAAGACUAGCUCAAGUUCGGAACCGUCGACCCAUGCCGAUCGAAAAUUCGAGAAGAAACUCGAGUUCUACGCCAAGGUGAGAGACACCGUUGCUUCAUUAGGUGUCCAGAAGGCCAUCAGUAAGAACAAAAAAGUAAGAAGCCGGAAAAAGAAAUUGAAAGCAUAUGAUCUUUCAACUCUCUCUGAGUUCCUUCCCGACUUGAAGGCUCCAAGGCAGCCACCUGAGUUUAAACUUAAUAGCAAAUCCAGGCAGAAUCUGGUAUUGAAGGAAGGAAAUCAAUUAAAGACAGUUCUCAACCAUCCUGAUUUCCAGUCAGACCCAUUAGCUGCCAUUCAUCAACAUUUGCAGAGCACUCAACCUGUUACUGAUGAGAAGCCUGCAAGGAAGAAGACCAAAGGUGGGAAGACGAAAUCAAAAAAGAAAAAACCUAGAACUUCAUCUGGGCUGAAAUCUAUGGAGAGCUGAUUUCAGAUGUAGGCAUGUUUGGGGCUUUCAUUGGCCAGUCUGGUGCAUAAUCAGUCUUAAAACCGUUUCGUUGCUGAAUUUUGCGUAUGUUAUCUUGCAUGAGGAUCCCUUGAUUGUAGAAAAUUGUAUGUGGGAGAGCUUUUUAUUCGUUGAUUCAUUGUGGCCAGCACUGUUGUAGAGGGUUCUAAGAAUGAAAUUACCAUGGUUUUCGUA